AUGGAGGGCCAAGUUGUACUGAAGGUGUUAGUGUCCAUUGCUGUUGUUGGAAUAGUGGGAUUAUUCAUACGUCUGUAUAGUGCACUAGUGGCGAAGCCAAAGAAGCUUCAAGCAGCGUUGAGGAAGCAAGGGAUAACGGGACCGCCGCCGACUAUUUUACUAGGAAACAUCUUGGAGAUCAAGAAAUCCAGAACCCCAAAGCCACCAACCUGUGGAGCUCCAGAGAACCACGACUGUGCCAAUGUUCUUUUUCCCUUCUUCGAGAAAUGGCAAAAGCAAUAUGGCGAAAAGUUCAUGUUUUCUCUGGGUAACACACUAAUAUUAGAAUUGACUCAACCUGAUAUGGUGAGAGAAAUAACCACAUGCACAUCUUUGGACCUGGGGAAGCCUUCAUAUCAAGCCAAAGAGCGUGGUUCUUUGCUUGGCCAAGGCAUUCUGACCUCAAAUGGACCAUUUGGGCUCACCAAAGGAAAAUCAUAG